AUGCAUUCACCGCCUUACAAUUUAACUAACAACAUAUUUUCCUCUUUAUUUAAUGAAGAACAAAUACCUUCCUCUUCAAUUGUUGUUAAUGAUAUAGUUAAUGUUGAUAAUUGGGAAUCUAAACAAUUUAACAAUAAUAAUACAACAACAAUAAUUAAUCCUUCCCCUGUUUGUAUUGAACGUUACGAUUAUUAUGAAUCUACAGAAAAAUGGCUUCUGGGUGUUUUUGCUCUCCCAUUUAUUCUUUGUGGAUUACUUGCUAAUGGAAUGUCUAUAUUAAUUUUUUCUAAUAGACAUAUGCGAAAACAGUCUGUUAAUUGGUAUUUACUUGUUCUUGGGACAAGCGAUUUUGUUAUUUUAUUGGGUGCUUUUUCUGUUCUAACAUUACCUCGAUUAAGUGAAAUACUUGUUUGUUAUUAUGUUACCCCCGUUUUCUAUGCACUUAUGACAAUGGCACAAACUAUAAGUGUUUGGAUGACAGUAGCAAUGUCUUUACACAGAUUUAUUGGAGUAUGUUUUCCCUAUCAAUCCGGACGUGUUUUAACUGCCAGAAAUGUAAAAGGAAUUAUUGGAGGAGUUAUUUUAACGGCUGUUUUAUUUAAUAUAUUCCGAUUUUUUGAAGUAACUUUUGAAGUUUGUUGGAUGGAACCAAUAGGUGUUGAAUUGCCCGUUCUUAGAAUGACUGCAUUAAGACAAAAUGAAUUAUAUCGAAAAUUAUUUUAUGAAUGGGCAUAUACUUUGAUUAUGUUUGUUGUUCCUUUUACUGUUUUAAUUGCUGUUAAUUCAAUGGUUAUUGGAGCUAUACACAAAUCUCGAAAAAUCCAUGCCAAAUUAAAUGUACGCGAAGGAAAUGGUGCUAGAAAACAAGAAUUAGCCAAAGAAAUAAGUACCUCUAUAAUGCUUGUUGCCAUUGUUAUAGCAUUUCUUCUUUGCAAUACUUUGGCAUUUGCAGUCAAUUUAUUAGAAAAAUUAGAUUUUCAAGGAUUAUUGUAUAUUCGAUUAGUUCCUUGGUCUAAUUGGCUUGUUUUGUGUAAUGCAAGCAUUAAUAUUUGUAUUUAUUGUAUAUUUUCUGAGAGAUACAGAGCCUUAUUAUUUUAUUAUUUACGAUGUUUUAAAAGAAAAGGAGGAGGAGGAGAUAUUAAUAAUCAAAAUAAUAUUGGAUUUAAUGGAACUUCAAUGAGCUUUUUAUAA